AUGGCACAAUCUCUCGCGCACACCGGUGCAUCCACACACCUCUCGGGAUGCGACGUUCCCUCAGGACUAACCCCUAGCGCAUUUGACAGGAAACGGCCAUUGACCAUGCCGGAGGAGCUCGCUUGGGGGGUGGCUUUCCGUCCCAGAGCGUCGGAUCACCAGCGUAUAACUAGCUGCGACGGACCGCCAAUGGCCCCAAUGGCCCCAGUGGCCUGGUUUAGCUCAUGGGAAACGUCGUGCAGGAGCCAUAAUAACCUUGGAACUAUCCAAUUGGGUCGUGGCCGGCAACAAUACUCCGUACGCAGCAAUCUCGAGGAAAAAAUAUUUUCUGCUCAAAAAAUUGAUUAUGAUGUUCUACCAACCACCACCGCGGACAUCAAUGAGCGGAUAGAUGAACAGGUUGCCAUACCACACUGUAUCUGUAUCUCGAGGACCGUCCCUAAUCCAAGUCCUAUGGCUUCUCCAUCACGAUAUCGACUGUUGCACAGGAAAGGCCAGUCAUCUCUCUCCCUUCCGGAUGGGAGCUACAUCUACUCUUUGUGCCAGAGUGGCAUUGAUGCGCUUGCUGCGAUUUCAUCAGAUAACUCGCUGCGACGCUUUGAUCGCGAGACGUUAAAGGUCCUCCCGAAUGGGGUGUUCGCAAACAUUCAUCCUGGUAAUGGCGGUGGGGUGACCUGUGUCUGCGAAGUUGAUCCCGCUGUUGCUGAAGGGAAAACCCUGGUUGCUACCUCUGGCAGAGAUGGGACAGUGAAACUGUGGGAUGCUAGGGAUAAAAGAAGAGAUGCGGUUCUGACGGCCACUUCAGCUAAGGCGGCACCCAUCACCGCACUUACCUGUGGCCCAGGACCGUGCACCAUCGUCGCCGGGACUGAGUUCGUGGCAUCUCAAUCUUCUGUUAUAUGUUGGGACAUCAGAUCUCCGGGCCAGCCCUGUCUUCAAUAUGUCGAGAGUCAUAACGACGAUAUAACUGAAUUGCAAUUCCACCCUACACGACAUAACGUCCUAUUAUCUGGAAGCACUGAUGGGCUAGUUAACAUCUACGAUACCACAAUUUCGGAUGAAGACGAGGCUCUUCUACAGGUUGUAAACCAUGGAUCCAUACACCGAGCCGGUUUCCUGGCGGAGCACGCCAUAUACGCUCUAAGCCAUGACGAGGUUUUCUCGAUCCACCCUUUCAACAACCCCGACGAGAACGCUGUAGAGCCCGCAGCUAUUCAGUUUGGCGAUCUCCGUCCUGUACUACAGAGCGAUUAUGUGGCGCAAGUUCUCCAUGGGCGUGGGGCCGCGUUUGUGGUAUCUGGGAAAACGAGUGAACAACGGCUCGACCUCACACCCUUAGUUUCGUCACCCAAAUUUGACCUCGACAUCGGGGGUACUUGGAGGAUUCCAGAUGCCCACGGCGAAGAAAUCGUUCGAUCGGUAUUUCUGGAUGACAAUUCGAAUACCAUUUUCACAUGUGGAGAGGAUGGAUACGUGCGAUCGUGGAAGAUUGAGGAAGGACGUCAAGAAGAGCUGUCUAAGUCAUCCACCAAGCGCACUCUCCCAGAGAAUGUCCACACGGAAAAGCAUCGAUCGAAAGAUGGCGCCCAUCGGGAGAAGCGACGUAAGGACCGCGGCUUCAAACCAUAUUAA